CUCACGAUUAAAAGACCCCACUCCAACACUGCGACCCUGAACAGGAUACAAAAUGACCUCGAGCAUCGACCGGGAUGAUAGCAGUAUCUUUGAUGGGUUAAUGGAAGAAGAUGAAAAGGACAAAGCAAAACGCGUGUCCCGUAACAAAUCUGAGAAGAAACGCAGAGACCAGUUCAAUGUCCUCAUCAAAGAGCUGGGUACCAUGUUGCCGGGCAACACCCGGAAGAUGGACAAGUCUACUAUUUUGCAGAAGAGCAUCGACUUUCUGCACAAACACAAAGAAAUCGCUGCUCAGUCAGAGUCAACUGAGAUCAGACAAGACUGGAAACCUCCUUUUCUUAGUAAUGAAGAGUUCACUCAGCUGAUGUUAGAGGCAUUAGAUGGAUUCUUUCUUGCAAUUAUGACUGAUGGGAAUAUAAUCUACGCCUCCGAGAGUGUGACGUCCUUACUAGAGCACUUACCUUCUGAUCUCGUGGAUCAGAACCUGUUAAACUUCCUGCCAAUGGGGGAGCAUUCAGAUGUCUACAAGGCUCUGUCCUCUCAUAUCAUGGAGGGGGAGACACUGACGCCCGAAUAUCUGAAAACAAAAAAUCAGCUAGAGUUCUGUUGCCACAUGCUCCGAGGGACCAUCGACCCCAAAGAGCCUCCUGUGUACGAAUAUGUCAAGUUCAUUGGAAACUUCAAGUCCCUGAAUAAUGUGCCUAACUGUACCAGAAACGGUUUUGAAGGAGUGAUCCAGCGAUCGCUUCACUCUGCCUUUGAAGACAGAGUGUGUCUCAUAGCAACAGUGCGGCUAGCCAAACCACAGUUUAUCAAGGAGAUGUGCACUGUAGAAGAGCCUAAUGAGGAAUUCACCUCCAGACAUAGUUUAGAGUGGAAAUUUCUCUUCUUGGACCACAGAGCUCCACCCAUCAUAGGUUACCUCCCAUUUGAGGUCCUGGGCACAUCAGGAUAUGACUACUACCAUGUAGAUGACCUGGACACUCUGGCCAAAUGCCAUGAACACUUAAUGCAGUACGGCAAAGGAAAGUCCUGCUACUACAGAUUCCUCACCAAAGGGCAGCAGUGGAUUUGGCUUCAGACCCACUACUACAUCACCUAUCACCAGUGGAACUCCAGACCUGAGUUUAUAGUCUGCACACACACUGUUGUAAGUUACGGUGAAGUAAGAGCCGAACAGCGCAGAGAGCUUGGAAUAGAAGACUCACCGCCUGAGAUCACAGCAGACAAGUCCCAGGACUCCGGCUCCGAGUCCCAGCUCAACACUUCCAGCCUGAAGGAGGUUCUGGAGCGCUUCAACCACAGCCGGACACCCUCUGCCUCGUCACGCAGCUCACGCAAAUCCUCCCACACGGCUGUGUCUGACCCAGCCUCGUCACAGAUGAAGAUUCAGGGAGAUAGGAGUACACCAGGUCGUCAGUCCGUCUCUGCUGUGGAGAUGACAUCACAACGGAGAUCAUCUAUCAGCAGUCAGCAUUCAAUGAGCUCCCAAAACACAGGACAGAACACGGCUUCAUCCAUGGUUUCGCAGCAGCAGCAGCCUCAACAGCAGCAGCAGCAGCAACAGCCAAUAGUGCAGUUCUCCAACCAGAUAGAUGCCAUGCAACACCUGAAAGACCAGCUCGAGCAGAGGACCAGGAUGAUCGAGGCCAACAUUCAGCGGCAGCAGGAUGAGCUGCGGCAGAUUCAGGACGAGCUGCAGAGGGUGCAGGGACAGAGCCUGCAGAUGUUCUUGCAGAAAGGAGCCGGAGGAAUAAAUCUCAGCACUGUUCAGAUGGCCCAGGGGAACGCUGUGCAGCAGGGGGGGACGCUCAGCAUGCAGGGCCAGGUGGUCUCUGCAGGGCCUCUACAGAACAGCAUACAGCAACAACAUGCUGUCCAGCCACAACCCCAGCAACAAACACUCUUGCGGGAACAGAGCACGGCACUCUCACAGUCUCAACGGUCGUCUCUCACUCUACAGCCUCAACAAAAUUCACUGCCGGCGUCUCUCUACAACACAAUGAUGAUCCCUCAGCAAAGCCCUGCUAACGUGGUCCAGAUUGCCACUAGCCUGGCCCAGAACACUGGUCCCAACACUCCUGCUGUGGCGACAUUUGCACAAGACCGUGGUGCUCAGAUUAGGUUUCCCGCUGCUCCUCAGCUGCUUACCAAGCUAGUGACAGGACAGAUGGCAUGCGGGGCAGUCAUGGUCCCCACAACCAUGUUUAUGGGCCAAGUGGUGACGGCCUUCGCUCCUCAGCAGGGCCAAACCCAGACCAUCAGCAUUUCUCAGCAGCCACCGCAGCAGCAACAGCAGCAGCAACAGCAACAGCAGCAACAACAACAGCAGCAGCAGGAGCAGCAGGUACAGACGCAGUCACAAGUCACAACCAUGCAGCCAGGGCAGGCUCCACUGGCCCAGCAGCAGACACAGUUCCUACAGGCUCCACGGCUGCUUCAUGGAAACCAGUCCACCCAGUUGAUCCUGCAGGCAGCGUUCCCUCUGCAGCAGCAGGGUACCUUCACUGCCACAACCCAGCAGCAGCAGCAACAGUUACAACAGCAGCAACAGUUACAACAGCAACAACAGUUACAACAGCAGCAACAGUUACAACAACAUCAACAGCAGCAGAAGCAGUUGCAACAGCAGAAACAGCAACUUCAGCAACAGCAACUAGCUCCUCACAGAGCAGAUAGUCUGUCUGAGCGCUCUGCUUCACAGCCACAGUAG